UUUUCAAUGUGUACAUAAUUGUACAAUUGUUGAUUUUCAAUGUGUAUAUAAUUGUACACCUGUUGAUUUAUGACAUUGAUAUACAGAUGCAUUUUUGCUGCAAAUUCCAUGAUUGCAGGUGACUCUUGCCUUCAUGAAUUUUUUUUUUUGCUAACGAGCAACAUACUAUGAUGUGCACAAAGUAAUUUUCAACAAUCUAGAUUUUGAGUAAAUUUACAUAUGAAGAUGAUCUAAUUAUUUCUUGAAUCAUUGCGAUGGUUGAGGAAUCAUCACAAUGUUAUAACAUUGUGAUGAUUCAUCAAACGUUGUGAUGAUUCGUCAAACAUUGUGAUGUUUCGUUCACAUCCAUGUCUAUAUAACAAUUUUGCAUCAGUCACUUUGUUUUAUAUUAACCGGAUUUUUCUGUCAUCCUCAGAAAUUUUUGCAUUAUUCACUGUGUUUUCUAUUAACCUAUUAGGAUCCUUCUGUUUAUCUUCACAAAAUUUCAAAACGCAGAAUCGUGAAGAAUUUAAGAUGGGUAAAAUCGAAAUUAUUGCAUCAUUAUUAGAAGGUCUAAGCAACAUACGAAAUGUAUACCAACUUCAACAGAAUGAAUUAGAUGAGAAUGAAAAUGUGGUGCUGAAAGGGAUACUCGACACUACUGCUACACAAGUGCAAAUGGUUCAGUCUCAUAUGAAGAAGCAGACAGUUGCGGACCGAUCGCAACAACAAGAUUCAAAGAUAGAGAAUAAAGUGUGUCAUAAGUGUGGGAAAUUUAAAAAGUUGGAGAUAGAAGGAGCGAAGGUGAUAACCGAACUAGAUGUCAUUAGAAGGUUUAAAGCUGGUAAUCCGAGAGGUAAUCAAGUUUUAUCCCAGGACAGGGAUGAAAUACUGUGUCAAGCCAUUAAGAGGAAGUUUCGGAAUCCGCAGAGAACAACCAGUCCACCUUUGCUGGAUGCGAAGGUUGAAUCUGUUGGUUCCAGAGAAAUGAUCUCUUGUCAACAAAGAGAACAGGAGCCAACUGAGGGUAUCAUGCAGCCAACUACGCUGAGCGGAAUGGAGGUUACCUCCAUUCAGGAUUGGAUUGCAAACAGCCACAAUCAGCGAAACAGAAGAUCUACUGGAUCUUCGUCAACACCUGCAGAUGACAUUGAUUCAUAUACUAGUAGCGAAGAGUUGGAUUACCCUCCGCAACGCACUGAGCAGUUGGACCGUCAUCGCAUUUAUAGGUCCAUCUCUCGGAGUAGAUCCCCGCAAUCCAAGAUUUCCUGUAGCGACAGGAGUUAUACCUCAUAUGAUCCAUACGAUAGUUCCCCAGAGGAGGAAUACCUAGUUGAAUACCCAGUUGCAAGGGGUUAUACAUCAUAUGAUUCAUAUGAUAGUUCCCCGGAGGAGGAAUGCCCAGAUGCAAGGAGUUAUACAUCGUAUGAUUCAUAUGAUAGUUCCCCAGAGGAGGAAUACCCAGAUGCAAGGAGUUAUAAAUCAUAUGAUUCAUAUGAUAGUUUCUCAGAGGAGGAAUACCCUGUUGCAAGGAGGAGUCGGUUUUCCAAGAAAGAUCCACCGCAGAAAAAGAUGGGACAUGUUAAAAGAUUAACUACCAAGCUUGUAGGCAUGUUCCGUCGUGAUCACCAUGAGGAUACAGGUGCAUCACCAUCCAAGGAGGAUAGGAAUGCAGGGGAUCAUCAUGUUUCUAUUCAGAAACCUGUGGGUAAUGGUAAACUCCACCAUGAAAUCAAAGGGAAACACAUGCCGGUACAAACGAGAAGAACAACGAAAGUUGAGGACAAGGCAAGCCACCAACAAGGACAUUUCCGACCACUUGUAAAAGGAUUUGUUGGUCACGUUUUUAGUUUGAAGAAAUCUAAGCCGUCCUCAUCUGGCGUCAGACAGUUAGAAAAAGCGGUAACAGGUAAGGAAAAAAUUACUGCUAAGAAACGGCAUUGGUGGCAGAGUUUGCGAAGGCAGGGAUUACCGAACAAAAGGGGCAAGGCACUCCUUACACAGGGGUAUAAGAAGAAGCAUACCCAGUUAAAGGGCAGGCAUAGACAUGCAAAAUAAUAUUUAGAAUGUUAUGCAAGUAAAUGACUGCACCUAAAAUAUGUCAAUUAGUUGAUGUAUAUUUUUGUAUACUUAACAUUAAACCCAAAAUAUAUUGCAAGAGAAAAUGAUACUUGUG